CAUUUUUUUUUAAGGUAUUCAGAUCUAAUUUCAAUGGUGAUUCGUCAUUCGAGUGUUUGACUGUUGACGACCACGUUCACGGAACAAAUAAAACUCGUAUGUGCAGGCACCCCCCUGUAUCUAUUUCACAUCCUUUUGGCGCCGGCGGGAGCGCGCCCCCCUGCGCGUGCGUGACACGUGAGCUGGGAGGAGGGGGAGGAUGAGAAGGAGGGCGCUCGAGAGCUCCAGCGCCGUGUUCAGCCGGUGAAAUCCACUCACACACGCGCGGGCGGGAUUGUCGGAUCGUUGAAAGAGGCGGCAGACGCGGAACGGAACCGGUGGCGGUGCUGGAGCGCUCAGGCCCCCCGAAUUGGAGCAUCCCUUUCCCCCGGGUUGCACCUCGCUCCCCCUGCGCGCCUCUGCUCCAGAGGGAGGCCCCGAGCGGCGACGGGAUGUAGCAGCGGAUUAACGGCGGAGGAGAGCGGCGGGACGUGGAGGGAAAGGGAAGGACAUGGGGAAGGACCAGGAGCUGUUCCAGGCCGUCAAGACCGAGGACUUGCUGACAGUUCAGCGCCUCCUGCAGAGACCUCGGCCCGGGAAAGCCAAGCUCCUUGGAGCAGCCAAGCGAGUAAACGUCAACAUCCAGGAUGCAGACGGGUUGUCGCCUCUGCAUCACGCUGCUCUGAGCGGCAAUAAGGAGAUGAUCUCUCUGCUGCUGGAGGCUCAGGCAGCCGUGGACAUUAAAGACAAUAAAGGAAUGCGUCCUCUGCACUACGCCGCCUGGCAGGGCAAGACUGAACCACUGAAAAUGCUGCUGAAGGCAGGCUCGUCCGUCAACGGACAGUCGGACGAAGGACAGAUCCCGCUCCACCUGUCUGCUCAGCACGGACACUAUGACGGGUCUGAGAUGUUGCUGCAACACCAGUCCAACACGUGCAUCUCAGACACGGCGGGAAAAACACCGCUGGACCUCGCCUGCGAAUUUGGACGUGUGGCAGUUGUGCAACUCCUGCUCAGCAGCAACAUGUGUGCCACUAUGCUGGAGCCCAAACCGUCCGACCCCAACGGGGUGUCGCCUCUCCAUCUUGCCGCCAAGAACGGACACAUCGACGUGAUACGGUUGUUGAUUCAGGCUGGCAUUGACAUCAACAGACAGUCUGAGUCUGGUACAGCUCUGCAUCAGGCUGCCCUCUGUGGGAAGACAGAAGUAGUGCGCCUCCUGCUUGAGAGUGGGAUCAGCGCCGGAGUGAGGAACACUUUGAGUCAAACUGCACUGGACAUCGUGAACCAGUUCACCACCACACAGGCCAGCCGUGAGAUCAAGCAACUCCUCAGAGACGCGUCCGCUGCCAUGCAGGUGCGAGCGCUGAAGGAUUACUGCAACAACUACGACCUCACCAGCCUCAACAUCAAAGCGGGAGACAUUAUUACGGUUUUAGAGCAGCACUCGGAUGGCCGAUGGAAGGGAUGCAUUCACGAUAACCGCACUGGGAAUGACCGCGUGGGCUACUUCCCGUCCAACAUGGUGGAAGUCAUCAAGAGGGCAGGCCUGUCCCCCUCCCAGCAGUGCCACACGCUGCUACUGCGCAGGCCCAACCCCUGUCCCGUCGGCUCGCUCAACGGACACUCGUACCCCCCCUCCAAAGUCCUCCCCCUGCACCUGCCCUCCCCUCCCACCCCUCACCCCAACGCGCAAUCCCUCCCUCGCUUCUCCUCGUUCGGGUACGUGCCUCUUCCCAUCUCUCCGCCUUCUCUCUCCACUCCUCCUCCUCCUCCGCCUCCUCCUCUGUCUACUCCUCCUCCUCCUCUCUCCACUUCUCAGGAGCAGCAAAGUCAGACAGGUUCUCGGACCACCGAGUUGAGUCCUCAGGGUUCUCCCACUUUGGGCCAGCAGAGCAGCACGAGUGAGGACAUCUGGGUGCUGCGCAAACCGCUCGCAGGUGGUGAACGCAGUGGCAGCGUGGGCAGUCUCGGAAGCGCCCGCUCGUCAAGCAGCCUGCAGGGCUCGGGGAACACGCAUGUGUUGACCACGCCCGCGCCCAGUCCUCACCCAGCACCCACACCGGGAGUCAACACGCACGGCCUUAACGCUCCGGGCCUGAAUGCGCAAGCUGAGGGGGUCAAGCUACUGGCCACAGUCCUGUCCCAGUCGGUAAAAGCCAAGGAACAUCUCUUGGAGCAGUCGCAGUCCAUUGAGCAAUCAACCAGCUCUUCUGCUUCCACUGUUCACGAGCAACGGCCAUUUGAACGCAAGGCUGAGGAGGACGAUGGGAAAAAGCAGGCAGUGGUGGCGUGGCUGGGUGAGUUUCAGCUGCAGUUCUACACCACCCACUUCCUCACGGCGGGAUAUGAUCUCGACACUGUUAGCCGCAUGACCCCCGAGGACAUGACGGCGAUUGGGGUGAUGAAGCCCGGACAUCGGAAGAAGUUAAUGUCAGAGAUCAGCAAGCUGCCCUCGGCGGACUGGCUGCCAGAGCACAAGCCCGCCAAUUUGGCAGAGUUCCUUUCUCACUUGGGUCUCAGUCAAUACUACCAAGUCCUGGUGCAGAACGGUUACGAAAACAUCGACUUCAUCUCGGACAUCAGCCUGGAGGAUCUUCAGGAGAUCGGUAUUUCCAAACUUGGUCACCAGAAGAAGCUAAUGUUAGGAGUGAAGAGACUGAAGGACUUACAGAGAGGAAGUCUUGAUCCGGAGGCUCAGCAAAGUCCCUCCACACCUCCAUCGAGCCCGGGCGGCGGGAGCGUCUCGGAGCCCCGCACGGAAGCGAGGGUACAGCGAGAAGGUGGUCCAAGCCCGUUGGCGAAACCACGCCCGAGUGUCUCUCAAUCUCCAAACGCCGCGCACACGCCGACGCAAACGCCACCACAAACCCCCACGCACGUUCGAAACCAGCAGGCCUCCCCUCGGGCUCGGCCGAGACCUUCCGCCCAGCGGGCGACGGUGGCAGAUUCGCCCGUGCCGACGCUCCGGCUACCGAGCGAGGAGGAGGAGCGACGGAGAACUCACAGCCUGAUCGGCUCUGAAACGGACUCGCGCUACGCCACCGUGUGCCGCAGCAGUUCCGCGCGCAGCCCCGCCAACGACGUCACCGUGAACCGCAGCCAAUCGUCGGUCACACUCCGUCCUCGGCGGAAAGGUCGGCCCCCUACGCCUCCGAAGCGGUCCUGCUCUUCCAUCACGGGGGCCGAUGGGGAGGGGGAAGGACAAGGGGAGGGGCUCCUCGGCCUGCCGACGUUUCGAGAAAGGCGAGCCAGCGACUGCGGCAGCCUGGGCUCGGCUUUAAGAGUUCAGGAGUCGGCCGGGCUGGGGAGAUCGGAGGGGGCUUCUGGGAGUGUGCGCAGCCUCGCCGCCAUGCUGGAGACGUCCAUUGUGAGCGGAGCCGCAACCCUGCCGAGGAAUCUGGGAAGCAGCGCCAACUACGCGCAGGUGAGCCCCCCAACACUCCGUCGCCAGGCCGGCUCAGGCGGUCUUGGAUCGGAAGAUGACGACGUCCUGAAUCGACACAGGACCGUCAGUCGACCAGAAGGCAAUGAGGAGGAGGUCCCCGCGCAACCGGCCCAGCAACGUCCAGAACCGCGACCCCGUUCCACUGUUGUCUCCUCCGGCGCCGAGAUCUCAGACGGCUCGUCGACGCUCCGAAGGAAACCUCGCCCUCCUUCGACGGACCCCGUAUCGCCCGUGUCUCCCACGGUGGUCACCAUGACAACCGGCUCUGAUACCUUACGGAGGAGACAGCGAGUGGCUGAGCAAUCAGAAGCCGUCAUCCAAAUAAGCAAUCAACAAUCAGACUCGUCCAAAAGUCCGGGCAACAGUUGCCGGCAGCAAAACGGGGGGGUUGUGCUGAGGCGGAGGCCCGUGUCGGAGACGUCCGACAGGACGGAGAAGAGUAGGGAGAGCUGUGAGUGGAUGGAGGCCAGGAAGUCCCUGAAGCCACCGGUCUCGCCCAAACCUUCCUCGGUGGCGCUGAGAAAAACGCAACCCGACCCUCCAACCCCGACUCGACGGGUCCCCAUACCCGGUCCUGACAGCGCUGACGCUGCACAGAGUCCUGAGACAAAGCGUGUUCCUCCUCCUGUGUCACCCAAACCUCGCGGCCCUCCGACAGCACCCAAACCAGGCAAGGCUGCCGUCGCCUCGACCGCCACCAGCCCGGCAGCCACCAGCCCUGCGGCCGCCAGCCCCCCGCCAGAAGCAAAAGAGGAAGAGGAGGAACAAGAGAAGAAGCCGGUACAGAAGGAAGGGGAGGAAGACGAGGGGGCGCAGCAUCGUCUGGAGGAGACCAGCGCCUCUUUGGCUGCAGCUUUACAGGUUGCCGAGCACAAAAUCCAAGAAGACGAUGCGCAAAAUGACAAAAAGACAACCGUGUCCAUCCUGGAUGACAUCGGCAGCAUGUUCGACGACUUGGCCGACCAACUGGACGCCAUGCUCGACUGAUCGAGUUUUAAUCCCUUCCGUCCCUCCGCCCGCCCGCCGCCUUUCUCCGGAUGGCGUCGAAAAAAAUCGCUCCAAAGGCCGCAAGUGUCCAAGGUGUCCUUCACUUGGGGCCCACCACAUUUUCUCUCUCUCUCUCUCUCUCUCUCUCUCUCUCUCUCUCUCUCUCUCUCACACACACACACACACACACACACACAACAUGGCUACUGAUGCUCUGACCUGACAGAGAAGAAGCACAAUCAUUCUCAUCUCUUCAGACGAGAAAAAAAUAAAAGCACAUGGACUGACUCACUGGAGAGGAAGGCGGGGACAGACAGGGAGCAAACAGUUGAGUGUUAAAAAAAAAAAAAAAAGCAACAUGCAAAAUAAACCAUGCGCGUCCCUGUCUCCCGCGGAUGCAGUUUUCCUACUUCUCUUCUUCCAUGUGGAUGAAGGAGAGCGGUCCACAGAAGCUCCUGAUGUGUGUGCGGGUGUGUGUGUGCCCGUGUGUGAGAUGCAUUUCUCUGUUCACGUCGUUGUUGUUGCUGUUGUUGUCGUCCAGUUAGGAGUGUGUGUCGUCCUAUAACGAAAUGUCAAUGUCCUCCUUCCAAUAAUUCACACCCUACUUACUCCAACGAUCGCAAGGAUGUGUGCCCGCAAUUCCGGCCGGUACCGAAACACCAGAGGUGGGGGGGAUUGGAGUCACGUGACUUGACUCGAGUCAGACUUAAGUUGCCAAUUUUAGGACUUGGGACUUGCUUGACUCAAGCUUUUUAAAGACUUAACGUUGACUUUGUUUCCGAGACUCGACUCAGAAUUGAACUACUGUCAUUUCGCGAGAAAAUACAAUACAAUUCAUCGUUAUUUACCUCGCAGAGCACCAACUUUUCCAAGUUAUACUUUUGUUUUCCCCACAGCCCUAGAAAAUAGAUAGUAACCAGCAAAUUAGGGGAGCCAAGUAUUCGUGAGUACAUAAAGAGGAUUAUUUCAUGAUGUUCUUUUUUUCCGACCGAUGCAAGUAUUCCCUUUUGCCUGAUGCUGAUACUGAGGAACAGUACCUUGUACUUUUGAUAGACUAAGUCUCAUUAUCUCAUUAACAUUAUGUGUAAAUAAAUUGUAAUGAUGUUUAAAAUGACAAUUUUAACCCCCUCAGGGACAGCGAUUACUACAGUGGACAGCUUGUCAUGUUAUCAGGUUACAGGGUGCAUGAAAGGGUUAAUUAAACAUCAUGGCAAAUAAUUGUGAAUAAAGACCCUUCUUUAUUUCUGAAGCAAAUUAUGAUUCACCGAUAUGGCGUCGCGUAAUGUCAACUUCAGGUGGGGAAGACUUAUUCCAUGUCUGACUUUUUUGCCUUAAGUAUUGGUGGCUAGUAUCGGUAGCUCUCAUUUCUGCUUUUUAAAUACAUGCAACAGUGUGAUGCGCAGGGCAGAGUUCGCUCAUGAAAUGCUUUACGGAGGAAGCUCAGAAGUUAAUUACUUUUAGUCUGAAGGAUGAUGUUUUUUUUGUUUGAACCCUUUCAUGCACUGGGUCAUGUGAUGACAUGAUAAGCUGUCCACCGUCGUAACCGCUGUCCCUGAAGGGGUUCACAUAAAAAAGAGACUGACAGCGUUUUCAACUCAAAUAAGAAACAACAAUGACCACAUCAAACUCCAUCCGUCAAUUACAAAAGAAAAAAAAAAAACAAUCACAAAGACUUUCCAUUGACACACUAACCUGAGACUUACAGACUAAUACUUGAGACUCACUUUGUGACUUGCUCCCACCUCCGCAAAACACAAACGUAUUCACAUCCUAUUUUAUAAUGUUGCUGGUUGUUUUGGUGGCGUGAUUGCUCAGAAUCAAAAUUACAUACACGCAUUAUGCAAAAACACAUGCAAGCACAUGAUGUAUCCCUCUCGUCCCGCUGCAGUGAACGGUGUUUUUUUCUUUUUCUUUCAAAGAUAAUACUAUAUUUCAACGCUUUAUAUAGUACAUCCAGUAUAGUUGAUGAUAGACACAGUAUCUGGGCGUUUGAGCUGUUAGAGCUCCCUCUAUUGUCGGUUAGUCAAACUGCCUCUGCCCCACCUUCAACCCAGUGUUAAUGAUUUGUUUACUCUGCAUCUCUCUGUGCCUUGGUCGUGUUCUUUCAUACUUUUUCCUGUUGUUGUUGUUAUUGUUGUUGUUUGCCGACCCUUUUUGUUUGAUGCCCCCUCAUGAAUCUCCCAGCGUAUUCAUGUUAGAAGACGCUUGUAGGUUUGACUAUUGAGAAGCAUUUUUGCAAGCCCUUCUUUAAGCUGUUCUCAGUCACCUUUGCUGCCCCCCCCCCUGCCCUCAGCUCCUGAUUUCCACUGGUGGAGUCCCCCAAUAAAGAGCCUACUUGUAUUUUUAAUUCCCUUUUGGAAAAAAGAUCCCAAAAUAUAUUUGAGAGACAGAUAUAAGGGAAAAAUGACAAUAUUAAUUAUGGAUCGGCGGCGAGCUGAUCAAGUCUGUUCAUUUAUGGCUGAAUGUGUUGUGAAGGCCGUUGUGCCACAGUCGGGUCUCGAGGUUUGGUUUUCUGAUGUGACGAUGCAUUCCUGUACAGAUGUGAACAGAAUAAAUGUAAGGAUUAAACUUG